AUGAGCACUAUUGGUGACCUGCUGGUCCAGAAUCCGACGAAUCCAGUCCAAGUUACGGACCUCCAAACAGGCACUAAUAAGGAAUGGGCCGACAAGUACCAUUCCAUCAAGAAUAUCAUUGUGCUCACCCGCGUCGAGAACGGGUGGGUACAGGCCGACUUCCAAACGGCUUGCCAUCCCCUAUAUGAUGACGACACUGUGCGGAUGAAUACGUCUGCGGUGCCUCUGAAUGAACGCCGAUGGCGGCUACAGACUGAGGCCGACUGCGAAUUAUGGUUUCACUCCGAGAUCUCCAACGUCGUGCUCGCUGCCUGA